ACAACACACGAGAUUUACGCCAUUUUGACAAAGAAAGGCAGACAGCCUUGUGAAAAAGUGUAAUUGUACACUUAAUUUAACAGUUCUGGCUCCUUAGGCCACUUAAGGCCUAAAGAGAGGUGUAUGCCACUCUCAAAUGCCAACCAACGCAAUCUGCCUGAACAGCAGAGCCAAGAAAACGACUUGACAAGUUCCAAGAAAAGGCGACUGAGUGAUAACUGUUCAAGUCAAAACAAUAAACGAUCUAGGGAGAAUUCUGAGUUAUCCCCAAUGACAGAUUCUCAGAAACGUGCAAACUUUUCAGCGUUAACUAAUCCCUCAAACGGAAUAAAUAGGCAUGCUUCCCCUCUUGCCAAUAGUAAACCUGGAUCCACAAAGAAACUGAUAAUAAAAAAUUUCAAAGAAAAGCCUAGACUUCCAGACAACUUCCAAGCUUUAACAUGGGACAAAUUGGCAGAAUCAGUGCAGGCCAUUCACACAAGCCGCUCUAUAAAUUCCAGUUUAGAAGAGCUAUACCAGGCUGUAGAGAACAUGUGUUCUCACAAGAUGUCUGCAGCUUUGUAUGAUCAGCUGAAACAGAUUUGUGAAAACCAUGUAAAGUCAAAUAUUACACAGUUCUUGGAAGAUAACAUUGGAUAUGAACAGUUUCUAAAGAAGAUGGAUAACAUUUGGCAAUCUCACUGUAGACAGAUGAUAAUGAUCAGAAGUAUUUUCCUGUUUUUAGACCGAACUUAUGUUUUACAGACUUCAUCAGUGAUGUCUAUAUGGGAUAUGGGACUAGAUUUAUUUAGAUCAAAUAUUGUUGGGCAUCACAUUGUACAGAACAGAACAGUGGAAGGAUUGUUACAGUUAAUUUCAAGGGAGAGAAGUGGAGAGGCUGUGGAUCGACAGUUAAUGAAGUCUUUACUCAGGAUGUUGUCAGAUUUACAGAUAUAUCAUGACUCUUUUGAAAAGAAAUUCUUAGAAGCAACAGAUAGACUGUAUGCAGCUGAGGGUCAAAGGUUAAUGCAAGAAAGGGAUGUGCCAGAAUACCUAGCUUAUGUUGACAAAAGACUUGGAGAAGAGAAUGAGAGACUCCUCCAUUAUCUUGAUCCGUCAACAAAGAAGAAUUUGAUUUCUUGUGUUGAAAAACAGUUACUGGAUCAACACUUAAAUACAAUUUUACAAAAAGGUCUGAAUCAGUUGUUAUCAGAGAACAGAAUACAGGAUCUCAGUUUAAUGUAUCAGUUGUUUUCUAGAGUAAAGGACGGGUUGAAAGAACUUUCCGUAGCAUUUGCUGCAUAUAUCAAAACUACAGGUCGUCUCAUUGUGGUAAACACUGACAAUGAUCCAGAAAAGGACAGAGAUAUGGUUCAGAAAUUGUUAGAUUUUAAAGAAAAAUUAGAUAAUGUGAUAGACAUUUGCUUUGCCAAAAAUGAAAAAUUUAUCAAUGGUUUGAAGGAAAGCUUUGAACAUUUUAUUAACCAGCGACAGAACAAACCUGCAGAACUUAUAGCAAAAUAUGUUGAUUCCAAGUUACGUUCUGGAAACAAGGAAGCAACAGAAGAAGAACUAGAAAGACUGUUAGACAAAAUAAUGGUCCUUUUCAGGUUUAUUCAUGGUAAAGAUGUAUUUGAGGCAUUCUACAAAAAAGAUUUAGCCAAAAGGUUGUUGGUGGGUAAAAGUGCUUCUGUGGAUGCAGAGAAAUCAAUGUUAUCUAAGCUCAAACAAGAAUGUGGAGCAGCAUUUACUAGUAAAUUAGAAGGCAUGUUUAAAGACAUGGAACUGUCUAAAGACUUUAUGUUGACAUUUAAACAACAAAUGCAGCAUAUUGAUACCCCUGGUGGGAUAGAUUUAACUGUCAAUAUAUUAACUAUGGGCUAUUGGCCCACGUAUAUGCCAAUGGAAGUACAUCUUCCUGCUGAAAUGGUGAAAUACCAAGAAAUUUUCAAAAAGUUUUACUUAGGUAAACACAGUGGAAAGAAACUUCAGUGGCAGUCAACUCUGGGACAUUGUGUUCUGAAAGCAUGCUUCCCAGGAGGAAAGAAGGAACUACAAGUGUCCCUAUUCCAAACCUUAUGUCUUCUUUUAUUUAAUGAGGGUGAUGUUUUCACAUUUAAAGAAAUAAAACUGGCUACAGCAAUAGAGGAUGGUGAAUUGAGACGGACUCUACAGUCUUUAGCAUGUGGUAAAGCUAGAGUCAUAUCAAAAGAGCCUAAGAGUAAAGAUGUUGAAGAUGAUGACAAGUUUUUGUUUAAUGAUGGAUUUAAGCACAAAUUAUGUAGAAUCAAAAUUAAUCAGAUUCAAAUGAAAGAAACACCAGAAGAAAACACCAGUACAACAGAACGUGUAUUCCAGGACAGACAGUAUCAAGUUGACGCAGCUAUUGUCCGUAUCAUGAAAACACGCAAAACACUUAGUCAUAAUUUACUUAUCUCAGAACUCUACAAACAACUCAAAUUCCCUGUCAAGCCUACAGAUCUGAAGAAAAGAAUAGAAAGUUUAAUAGAUAGAGACUAUAUGGAAAGAGACAAAGAAGAUUCUAAUCAGUAUCACUAUGUUGCUUGAUUUAAUGUAAAAGUAGGAAGAGAAGAAAACUCCCAACUAAUUGUGAUUAUUUGAUGACAAAGUCAGAUCAGUGCUAUCAUCUGACUGUGUCAUAAAAACUUUAUAUUUGUAUAUUUCAGCACAGAUUUGUGUUGAAUUCUUAUAUUUACAUCAGUGCUGUUUUGACUUCUUGAAUAUUUUUAAUGCAGGAAUUUGAAGCUGAUUAGUUAGCUUGAGUUGACUUUGGAUUCCUGGAUAUUUUCACUCUAUUUGUACACCAGUUUUCAUGUUUAAAUUAACUAUGUAUGAUGAUGUAAAAUAUGUGAUAAUUUUCAUUA